UCUCUGUCCCCGGCCAAUUGGCGCCUGCCUGCCCCUCGAGCGCCGCCCUUCCGGCGUUACCCAGGGGCUGCCCUGAUGGACUGACCUCUUUCGGAUACGUCUUUCUGUGUCUGUACCUCCGUUUCUCUUGGUCUCCACGUCUGUGUUCUUUGAUUAUGCUUCUCAGCUCGUCCCUCGCUGCCCACACUCCGGUCGGCUGAGACAGGUUUAGGCAGAGUCCGGAGCGAUGCAAUUUGGGAUGAAGCUGCAGAUAGCCACUCAAGAAAACACCAUGAAAGAUACUGACAUCAAGAAACUACUGUAUACCCAUCUUUUAUGCAUAUUUUCAAUUAUCCUAAGCAUCUUCAUUCCAUCAUUCUUCUUGGAGAACUUCUCAAUAUUGGAGACACACUUGACAUGGUUAUGCAUCUGUUCUGUUUCUGUAACUGCCAUCAAUUUAGUAUUGUAUUUAGUAGUGAAACCAAAUGUGUCUUCUAAAAGAAGUUCAUUAUCAUACAAGGUAACCAGAUUUUUGAAAUGCUGUAUCUACUUUCUUACGUCUUGUUUCUUCUUUCAUGUAAUUUUUGUUCUGUAUGGCGCACCACUAAUAGAGUUGGUACUGGAAACAUUUUCACUUGCAGUUAUUUUGUCCACUUUUACUACUGUACCUUGUUUAUGUUUGUUAGGACCAAACUUCAAAGCCUGGCUAAGAAUUUUCAGUAGAAAUGGAGUUACAUCCAUUUGGGAGAAUAGUCUUCAGAUCACUACAAUUUCUAGUUUUGUAGGAAUAUGGCUUGGUGCCUUUCCUAUUCCACUGGAUUGGGGAAGACCGUGGCAGAUGGCAGCAGAGGGAAAACGCAGUAUCUCUGUUUAUGGACGAGGCGUGGGGCUUGGCCGUGUCACUCAAGUAACUUAAUCCUGGUAACCACAGUGCAAGGCCGGGUUCAUCCUCAUUUCUACACAUAGGAGAGCCAAGCCUGAGGAGGGGAGUAUGCAUCUUGUUCAGCAUUUCUUGACUGAUUAGAGGAAGACUCAGAAUCUAGCGCUCCAGGACACCAUGCUUCUUUUUAUCCCUGUUCUUUAACAAUGGCCAUGGCUUAGAUUUUUUGAAAAAGGUCGAGUAGUUAUUAUAUUCUAUUUCUUUCCCCACACAAGAAUCUCAUUUAAAUGCCACAGCCACUCAGUUGAGUGUAUGUUAGACCAAAAAAUUUAAUAUAUUUGUAGAGUAUUUGAAGCUAAUACAUGAGGAUUUUAUACCUAGUAAACCAAGAAAUACCUUUAAAUUCUGAACUUCCAGUGCUACUAUCUCCAAAAUGGAAUUGAACGCAAAAUCAAAUCUCUUCUGAGUAUAUUUGUUUCUUAUAAAGUUUAAAAGCGAAAUGGAUGGAGAUUGUCUUUAAAACAAUUUAAAAUUGUUAAAUAUUUGUACUUAUUCCCAUCAGAUACCAGAUAAAUGAGGCAUUGUUAUAUUUAAAAAUUAUUUUUUGUUUUCUCUGGUUUUAUCAGAUUUAAAAAUUAGUAUCUGUGAGACAUAUAUUCAUUAUUAAAAGUCACAGGUGCCACAGAUAAUACUUUAAUAAAUUGAUGCUGGAGAUCAUUAGGAAAAUUAAAUGAAUCACAGCAAAUAAUAGUAGAGAAAGGGAUGAAGCCAAGAUUAUGGAUUUAAUUAUUGAAAGAGUGCAUAUUUUUAGGUUAAUUGGUGUUGUUACUAAAGGUCUUACAGAGUCUUUUAGACAAACCAAAAUAAAAUAUUAAUUUAUAUGAAUGUGAGUUACAUACUUCAAGCAUGGGAAAAAUACUAGUAUUUAACUGAUAGAAAGUGGUUUGGGAUUUAAAAGGUGGGUUCAUUGUAGGGCAAUGAUACUGAAGAUGAUAUGCUAGUAGGACUUUCAUGUGAUAGAGAAGAAUGCUGGCUAAGGUAAAACUCAUUUGCAUGGUCCUGGCAGGGACCUUAUAUCAUCACUUUGACAAGAAGUUCCAGCCUGGAGACUGUGGCCCUCUCCACAAAUAGCUCUUCCUAAAUCUGUGUUCUUAGUCACAGGAGAGUGGUAGAUAUACAUGGCUCAGGGCAGAGUUACAACCAACUCUGAACCAACCAACUCUGAGUUACAACCAACCAGAGAAACGUACCCAGAUGAGUAGAUUCAUCUGUUCAUGUAUUCUCACACCAGACAGUAGCAUCUACUUUAAGGACAUCUGGAAAAACACAUCAUUUAAAAUGAAAUUCAGAGGAAAAUAUAAAUGAUCAUUUAAAACCAGAUGAAGUUUGAAAGUAAGUAGGUUUUGAAAGAUCAAUUCUAUCAGUCAUGCAAAUGUAAAUCUAUGGUAAGCAUGAUAAACAAAACAUAUUAAAAAGUAGUUUGUGUGAAAUUUAGAAUUGCCUGGGUUUUAUCUUUGUUUUUUAUGAGUCAGUAAUCCUAAUGGUUGUGAGUUGUUCUAAGUGUUUCUAGGUUUUCUGAUCUGCAGAUAAGUCAGUUUUCCCUUGAGAUCUCUCAUAUCACAUACCUCUCCAAAAAUUAUAUUGCAACACAUUUUUUAAAGUUUGUGUUAUUAAAAUUUAUCUAAAAAAUAAUCUUAGUUUGCCCCUUAAUUGCUUGGUUUAUAGUAGGGGCUCUCAAUACAUAAUUUUGAAUGAAUAGAGCCAUUCAAAUGGAGACUCUUAAAAAUGAUAGAAAUGGUGUAGUUUUUUAGAAAUACUUUAAAAAAUAACUUUAGAUGGUGCAUUUGAGGAAUGAUAGGGUUGCAGAUUGUAAUUACAACUUAUUUCACAUGUGCCUAUUUAAAAAUAUGAACUGAAAGAUUAUCAAUUAUAAAUCAUUGAUUGGUCACUUGUCCUAUGUGCCAGACCUAUGGUUUAGGUAUGACUGUAAGUACCACAUAGGACAUUACCUCAUUUGGUCAUUACAGUAACCCUGUGAGGUGCGUUUUACAGUGAUCCUCAUUUUGCAGAUAAGAAACCAAGGCACAGAAAGGUUAGGCGACUUGCCUAGGGUCAUAGUUUUGUUAACUUUUUUUUUUAAGUAUAGUUGAUUUACAAUGUUGUGUUACUUCCAGGUGUAUAGCAAAGUUAUUCAGAAUAUAUAUACACACACACAUAUAUACACAUAGAGAAUACUAUACUCUACUACUUAUAACAUGCUUUCAAACUCUAUAUAUUAGUACAUUUUCCUUUCCUAAAAUGUAAAGCAGAGUUUUAUAGCAGUGCCUGAUCAGAAGAAUGUAGUGUGGUCUUGGGGUGGAAAUAAGCUUAUGUAAUUUUGAAGUGUCUUUCAAGCAGCAAUAAUAGUGAUUUUUCUAACAGAAAAACACAUACCUGUAUUAUUUUUAAAGUUUUUUAAAGCUUAUUAGGGUGAAAUUGUUUUCUUUCUAAGAGAAAAAUAACCUAUUGCUAGUACCAUGUACUAAGAUCCUAUGUAUCAGGCCUUUGUUAAUGCUGAUUAUUUUAAGCGAACACUGACUUUUCAAGUGCUGAGACACAUAAGGAAUUAUUUGAUUUUGAGCAAAGAUAAUAGUAGUACUCUAAAGCAAGGUACUUUCUUCACAUGAUGUAGCUACUCAUUUUUUUAGUUUUUCUUUUUGACAGAAACUAUAGUAAUUUUACCCAAUUGCACUAUAUUAUCUUUUGUUAUGCGAUAGAAAGUUUUCUUUUAUUUAGUGAUUUAAAAAAAUUUUUACAUUUAUAAAAAAUUGGAUAAAAAGAUGGUCUUUUGGUGAUAAACACUUGUGACAUUUACAUGAAUGUCUUUGAGUUUUCUAUUUUCCUUAAACAAAACAAGAUAAUUAUAUAGCUCCAUCUCAGAUGACCAUCAUUUGGAGACAUGUUUAUAGCAACAGAGUUGAACUGUCUGUUCAAUAGAUACCGUGUGUGUGUGUUUAAUCCUGUUUGUAGUAUGAGGAAGGGUAAACAGAAACAUCUCCAUAUGUGAGAUGAUACUUUUAAAUGGAAAACUUCAAAGUCUAUUUAUGGAAAUACGUGACAAAUCUAGGCUUGUUUGACAAUUCAGUAUGAUCUGUUGCCACAGGAUAGUUUUUAAAUUGUUUUAAAGCAGUUACAAGAAGGUUAGUAGCAAACCGUUUGAGGAAAGGUUGUUUGUUGGCAGCCUCCCGCCCCUCCCCGACCUCAACUCCCUCCAAUAGUCUCUGUGCCAUCCCCUAUUCUCGGUUUAUAAAAAUCAGGAAAGUUUGCCCUUAUGUAAAGAAAAUUGCUUGUUAAAAAUGACUGUGUAACAGAUAAGGAUUACUUACUUAAGGACAAUCAAGCAGGAGAGUGUGACCUGUCACUAGCAAACAGUGUCUAGUCCAACAUUCUGAUUUGUUGAUGGCAUGGAUUCCUUGAGAUGUUGAAUAGCAAGUGUUUCAAACUUUAACCCCUCUUUAGGCAAAACUUUUAAACUUUUUAAUAUUUACUUCAUUUCUGGCAUUCCACUGGAGGUGAGGUAUGGCAGCUAUUUGAAGAAUGUGUGUGUAAAUGUAUCUUUGUGUUUGGAAACAAAGAGCCACACUGAAAUUACAAAGUGAUUAAAAUAGAAUUUAGUAACCCAAAUUGGAAUCUGGCUGGAUUCAUGAGGGAUUAUGAUUCUCCCUACACUUUGACAAUGCGCUCUUUACCAAAGUGCACGUGCUCACAAUUGGCUGAUGAUGCAUAAGCUCACAGCGAUGAGAAACACAGGAAAAUCGAGUGUUAGUCCAAAUGUUUACAUAGAGUGUUAAAUAAAAACUACUAAGGUAAGAAGUUCAAUACUUUACAUAGGUAGUAAACUAUGCAUAUUAUUUUAUUUGUAACCCCAUGUGUUGAGAUGGGACACUGUUAAAGUAACAAUCACUUAAAAAGCAACAACCAACAAACGAGUAUUCAAUUUGGUACGUAAACUGAAUAAUUAAAAUCAAAUGGAAGCAAUGCCUAAAGUAACUAAGAUAGUUCACAAUAAAAACCAUUAGUUCAGGCUCUACUUAUUGGAAAUAUGAUAAUUCAACAUAGGCUAACCUAAAAUGUACCUUUAGAGAUUGAAUAAGGAUAUAAGCAAAAUAUUAAAUAAGAUGUCGGGAAGUCCCUAAAACUAUGUUUAAGGACUUCAAACUGAUUACUUACAUGCAAAAAAACUUAACUAAGUUUGAGUUCAUUUAUACAUGAUCUUAUUUGAAGCACUGUAUUUUCAUUCACUAGCAAAAUUCAUGUCAGUAAGAUAUUUUUGAAGUAUUUUAUUUUUCAGAUAUUUCACUGUGUUGUUCCAGUGAUUAGCCUGAAUUUCUGUGGAAACCUAAGUUUUAAAUGAAGACAUGCUUCUGAAAAUAAGGCAACUUUUCUAUCAUCUGUUUAUAAACAGAAAAAAAGAAAUCUUUGGUUUUAGUUAAAGUGGCUGAAAGGGUUUUGCAAACAAAAAAAAAGAGAGAGAGAGAUACUAAAGAACCAAAGCAAUGAAAAGGCUCUUCAUAAGCAAUGGGGAACUCCAAACCCCAUCAAGGUCAGCAGAGUACCUAAGGCACCUCAGGUUCCGAUGAUACAAUCAUCUUUGCUUAGAGUUCUAGUAAUCUAUAUACAGGAUUUUUACCAUCUUAAGAACAUGAAGCCGAAAAGGUAAUGUCCAACAGUGAUUACUGUAAGAAAGAAGAAAAUCAUAGCAGUUGAUAGGAAGAGAUAUUAGAAUCCAUAUUUAAAAGAUGAGAAAAAUGAGGCCCAGUCAAGAAACAGAUGACACUAGAGUUUGUGUUUCUAGAUUCCUAGUCCAUUUCUCUUAGGGCAGGGCAAAUUCUAGAUUUUAACUUUAUUGGCUAGGAAACCAAGUGUGAAGAGUUUCAGAUAUGUGAACUGAGGAAGAAAAAAUUUCCCAUCAAAUCCCCAAAGGCAAGCUGGAAAUAAAUAUAUAAUACUUACUGUCUUAAUUCCUUUAUAUCAUGUGUUGGACAACUUGGCUAAUAUACUAAUUGAGUUAUACAAUUCUUUCAGUUCUAUCUAAAAAUAGCAGACCAAAAUUAAAUGAGAAAGUUACAUCAGAUUCCAUUUGAGCAUACAUAAGGCCAUGAUACUUAACACGAACCACUGCUUCUUGGGAAAAAGAAGAUAUCCACUGUCCAGUUCAGGAGAGAAAACUCCUGACCAGUUAUCCAGUAGAUUCUCCACUCUUAAAUGGGGAAGAUGAUGCUUAUAUUUUUAAAAAAACCUCUACAAAGCUCACAUACAAGACAAUACAUCCUAGAUUUGUGACUGCUAUGAGCAUUUAAGGCUGUCAUUUUCAAGUAUAAAAGUUUAGUGUUCCAUUACCCAAUCUGUGCAAUAGACAUAGCUAUAAGCUCAAAUCAUGGAAAUUAACAGAAGCUCACCAAAGACAUAAAUCAUAAUUUAGGCAACAGCAAGUUUAAAUGUAGGAAAGGCUGGGGGGAAAAAUUAUGUGUUAGAUUAUGCUUCUCUGAACUGCAUCAGUUGUUCACACUGAAUCUUUGCCUAACACACUGUCUGUUGCAUGGCAUUUGGACUAAGGUAGAUCAACAGCAGACCAAACAAGGAAGCUUAAUUAGGUAACAGAACUAUCAUUAAGAUGGUUCACCUCUAACACAGUUAUACGGCCUGUUUCCCUAGAGAAAAAUUAGAAAUGGCUCCAGUAUACCAAAUGAGCUUCACAGAUAAACAUGAAAAAAAUUUUUUUUAAAAGCAGGACCUUUCACCUUAGGACCACCAUGCACUGCUCACGGAUGAUCAAUAAAUCAAUAUUAUUUACUUCUGGCUAGAGGUAAUAUUGUGAAAUGUAACAUGACUGGAGAAAAAUGGGUAUUUGGAAGCCAGCACGUCAUUUAACUUAUACUGUAGGUAGAUGUGUACGUUAAGUUGUAGUUCUGUAACUUCUACUGUGGUUUCAACAUCUAUGUCUGAAAGGUGACAUCAGUUUUAUUAUGAAAGCAGCUGCUUUGUUAUAAAUUCCAUGUAACAUGCUUGAAUUCUAGGUCAUUUGUCUUUACAUGAUUUAAAGUUUCUUGUGGUUUGGUCAGCAUACACACUUUUUGUCUCAUUUGAUAUACAAGCCAAUGUGGAAAUUAAAAACCUACCAACUAGUUCAGAGAGCUGAGUUGAGUCCAGGAUUAUGACAAAGUCUGACCCAAAGUUUUUAAUCUGUAAUCUCAGCAUGUAUCUCAUGCAGUCUGGGGAGCAUCAAACUAAAUCUACAAUCGCCAGAAGCCUUGUUACAGUUGAACGCACAUUAACUAAAAGGUGUACAUUUUUAGUGUUCAUGAUAAAUGCAGUUAUGACCUUAUUACACUUUUGGCAUUCUUUAAGAAAGCACGUUAAGCUUUAAUAUAGAAAUAUUUAGGUUACACUUGUGCUCAAGUAAUAAUAAAACAUUUGUUCUUUUUGAUCUCAUACAUUCUCUCCUCAGGAAUGGCCCAUCUCCUGCACGCUUGGAGCAACCUUUGGCUACGUGGCUGGCCUUGUUAUUUCACCACUCUGGAUAUACUGGAAUAGAAAGAAACUCACAUACAAGAACAAUUAAUUGGAGCAAAGGGAGAAGAGAUUUCUUUGUGCAGAUUCCAUAAAGACUGUGCAGAGAUGUAUAUGGUCUAAGCCAGGCAGUUCCACUUAACAGCACUGUUUUUUACUGUUACAUGAUGUGAUUGUAGCUUUUUAAACUAUGAAACCCCUGAGAGAUUGUACCUUCUAGUUGAAAUAAAGUAUUUAUAAUAGA